AAAGCACUCAAGAGAGGAGGCAGCAGGUGAACUUACAAAACCCCAAACCAUCGCUUGAUCAUGGGCAAAUCAGCUUCCAAACAAUUUGCUGAAGACAUCUUGAGAGCCCACAAUGACUACAGGAAGAAACACGGAGUCCCUCCAUUAAAACUCUGCAAGAAGUUAAACAGAGGAGCCCAGCAGUAUGCAGAAGAACUGGCUACCACAAGGGUCCUCAAACACAGCUCUGAGUCUGCUAAUGGAAAAUGUGGAGAAAACCUAGCAUGGGCAUCCUAUGACCAACCAGGAAAGGAUGUGGCUGACAGAUGGUACAAUGAAAUUAAAAAUUACAGCUUUCAAAACCCAGGGUUUUCUUCUGGGACAGGUCACUUUACAGCAAUGGUUUGGAAGAGCACAAAGAAGAUGGGAGUCGGAAAAGCAUCUGCUAGUGAUGGCUCAACGUUUGUGGUGGCUAGAUAUGAUCCAGCUGGAAAUGUAGUAAAUCCAGGCUAUUAUGAAGAAAACGUCCUUCCUCCGCGAAAAUAACUUCUUUUUUUUUCUUUUCUUUUU